UCUACGACGAUGAAGGAAAAAGAACAAAAUUUUAGAUUCUCCCAACGAAAAUAUCGUUCAAUUUAGCUUUCUCUUACCACUUCAGUAGUGUCUUGCGAAACUAGCAGUAACCAAUGUUUUUAAUAAUUAGUGGGACAAACGAGAGUAAAAUGGGUUUCCGGUUUGAGUAAUAAAUUUCUAUUCUGUUUUCCACGCUGAGAAAAGUAUAUCCCACUUUGUUUUCCACUUUACAUUUGAGAAUUUCCACUUUGCCUUUUUUUCAUAUUCUCUGUCUCAGAAAAGCAACCCAUCGAUAACUGUUUGUUGAACAAAUGUGAGCGAGAGAACUAGUAUAAUUUCUCUUUAAUCCUCUAAUUUUUAUCACGAUCCAACAUCGCUAGUGUAUGACGAUUAACAUCAACAGGAUAUUAGGAAGAAAAAACUCUCUUCUAGCCGCUAUUGUACAAAAAUUUCAGCUGUUCCCAUUUUGUCCACUUUACGUUUCGUAUCAACGUGAAAAAAGCCACUUUGAUGUUAAUAGCAAAGUGAAAAGUUUCAUUCUGGAAAAAAUUCCUAUUAAAAACACCGGCAGCAACUAACUUCCAAUUGUCUUUCCCCUCUUUGUGAAAAAUUAUUAUUUUGACUGACAACAAUAUAAAAUAGUAUGUUGGACUGUGUUUAGAUGGCAGCAAUUGUAAACAAAAUUACAACAACAGCACCUCAAAUUGCUUCAGGGGUUGCACGCUUUGCCCAGCCCAAAUUGAAAAGGUUUUGGUAUUUUGCUCGCGUUGAAUUACGUCCACCAAUGCCAGGGGAGUUUGGAGCUGUACAACAGGGUUUUCAAAAUCUUGUUAAAUCAGCCACAACACAAGGUUGGAGAAAUCUUACAGUUAAACAACUGGGAUUGAAUACAUUAGUGGGUAUUGAAGUAAUUUGUUGGUUUUAUAUUGGGGAAUGUAUUGGAAAAGGAAGUAUCGUAGGAUAUAGACCGGGUAGAGCUCCAUUACCAGCACCUUAUAAAUAUUUCAUAUAUGAUAUGGCUGAAUUAAACGAAACCUUUUUAGUUCAUUCAUUAAGAGCAAAUAUAUCCGACGGAAUCGAUGAUCAUCUUGAAAGAGUCGAAAAAUCAAUAAAAGAUAUACAAUCAAAAACAAUAGUUGAAGCAAAUUCUACAGAACGUCAACAUCGUCUACAAACUCCACUUGAUUUAGCAGGAGUUUUGCGAAAAUCAGAUGAAGAAAUUGUGUUUCCAAAUGUAAUUGACUUAAAUGUUGGAGGUUAUCAUUACACAACGAGUCUCUCUACGCUGAGAAAAUACGAAGAUUCAAUGUUGGCUGUGAUGUUUAGUGGACGUUAUCAAUUGGUUAGAGAUGAAGAGGGACAUAUUUUUAUUGACAGAGAUGGAAAAUAUUUUGGUCAUAUAUUAAAUUAUAUACGUGGUGAUACCAUACCACCCGAAUUACUUUCAUUAGAUGUUUUACGUGAAGCAGAAUUUUUUUGUAUCGGUUCUUUAAUGACAAAAUUAGAAACAUCAAGUCCAUGUGUAAUUUCACUGAGACGUCGUGAAUAUUUUCGUCGAUUAAUACCAGAUUAUGAACAUAUGAAAAUGGAUAUAAUUAAUAAAUGUGUUGAAAAAAGAAGUUCAUUUCAUGAAUCAAAAGUAGUUAUAAGUCAAUUAGAUCAUACAAAAUUAAAAGGUACAAUACCAUGUUACAAUUGUAGUCGAGAAUUUGUCACUGUUAAUCAUGCAUGCGCUUUUGAUGGACUUACAGCUGAUCUACAAAUACAACAACAAUUAAAACCAAUACAAAAUGAUAUUCAUAUUGAUAUGGACAAAUUAAUAGCUUUUGUUGUUGAUGAAUUAUGUCAUGAUGGAUUUAAAGCAACAUGUGAACGAGUUAUUUGUCGUUUUAGUGUACGAUGUCAGAGUUGUACAUUAAGUGGAUUAUACACUGCUGGUGGAAUCUUGGCACCAAGAGAAUGUCAAAAUAUGGUGGAAACAAAAUGUACACUAGAUAAAGAAAAUACAUCGUUUUCGUCUAAUGUGGAUUUAUUCAUAAGUUCACUGAAAAAUGAUGUUCCAAAUAUACAUUUUCAAUGUUUUGAUUUUUCAAAUGUCCAUGAUAGCAGAACGUUAUUAAAACAAAUUGAUAUUGAUAAAAACCAAUUUUCAUUUGUUAAUUUAGAAAUGAUUGCCGAUGUAUUUCAAUUGUUUGUUGCUGUUCAUCGUGCUGUCCAAGUGACUAAUAAAAAAAAUCUUGAUUUCUCCGUUAAUGUUCUGUAUCAAUUGUCCAAUUCGAAAUCGCUCAAUGAUGCCUUACAUUGGUUCGGUGGUUUUGGAAAACCGUAUGUUCUUAUUGUAUCAAUUGCUGAUAAACAUACUAGUGAAUUGUUUUUCCAAAAAAUGUUGACCGUAGAGGGUAUCAGAUCGAUGACGAAAGAACAAAUGCAACAACACAUGUAUAAUCAAGAGAAAAUUAGUGAAGUGAGUUUUCACUAUUUCUUAUCUUCAAAUAUGAAUGAUGAUGACUGGUCACAAGUGGUUGCAGAUAUCGUUGGAAAAAUAGCUUGUAAAAACAUUUGA